AUGGGAUUGAACCCGAGACCUCCGAAAUCUAGACCGACACUAGCCAUGAGACGUUUGGACCUGGUCACGACGGAUGGAACCAGAGAGCAGUCUGUUAACGGGAACCCACUCCGACCUGAAGGAGACGCGAGGUGUGCCACACAUUCACACAAAAAGGUUACUUUCGUGUGUUAUGAUUGUAACAGCUUGGUAUGUGGGAAGUGUGUGACGUCGAUCCACCAUGGGCACAUAAUGGAGGAAUUGUCGGAUGCUUGGCCCAGCAUCAAGAAUAAACUUGACCUGAGUAUCAACUUUAUGGAGACUGAACAGUUACCCAGGGUACAAAGCUGUAUCGAAUUGACGGAACAGAGACUACUAGACAACACUAAACAGAUCAAAGAUAUCGUUUGUGUGAUGAAAUUACAGGCUAACAAGUGCAAGGACGAAUUAGACGAUAUGGUCGAUGAGUGCGUUUCAGUGUGUGAGAAGUUGGGAAAGGAAAAUAUGGAACUAUUGCUGAAAUACAUGGCCGAGCACAAGGCGAGAUUACAGGAUUUAAUUGAGCAGAUAAAAUACCGACGUCACGUGAUGCUAACGGGUUCUAACAUCAACAUGUUUGAUGCUUUGUGUAAUGUGCCCACGUACGACGCGAUCGAAUGUCCCUCUCUACACACGGCACAUUUCAGUCCUUGUGAAGUCGUCACAGAUCUCCUAAAACAAGCUCUAGGGCAGCUGACUACCUCCUUUGACAGUCAGCAUCCAUCCACUAAACAGUGCCAGUCGGGCCCAGAAAGCCAAGUAUCUAAUGUCGUCAUUGAGAGAUCGGUGAACGAACCAUCACCAACUGCUAAUGGCAACACGCUAGAGUCUACAGAUCAGAGUGAGGGUUAA